CGGAGGGACACGGCAUGGAGGAACACGACCCGCUCGCCCCGCCCGUCCCGCCCGGCCGCACCCACGGGAGCCGGGCCUACUUUCCUUAAAGGGCCAGGGCCUCGCGGGAAAGCGGCGCUUGGAGAUCCCCAGGCCCGUCCCUCGGGCUGUCCCCGCGGAGCCUCGUCCCGGAGGCCGCCAUGGAGGCCGGACGCCCCGAUGGGGCCGGGGCUGGGGCCCCCGGGCACGCUCUCGGUUGCGUGGCAACCGGGGCCCGGCCGUGGACGCCAUUAGGGGGGGCCCCCGGGCACGCGGCCUGUGGGCGGAGCUUGCGCGGCUGUUGGGGAGCAGGGCGGGGCCUCAGGGGGAGGCGACCAAGGAGGAGGAGCUGGCGCCGGCGUUGGAGCAUGCGUGGACGAGGCCGGUAGGGCAGAGCCAAUCCGGAAGCAGAGUCUUCUCUGAGUGGCGGCGCGUGAGCGUGGCCUAGGGGCAGAAUUGGCGGCGUCAGUUGUCCGUUGAGGACCGCUCGGCGGGACCAGAUAUGGCGGCGAAGACAGAGGUGGCCCGGAGCCCGAGGGGCGCUGUUGGUUGGUGCGCGGCCGAGGGGCGUGGCGCGAGGGCGCCGUAGGUUGGUGUACGGUCGAGGGGCGUGGCGCGAGGAGGCCGUUGGUUGAUGCGCGGCCGAGGGGCGUGGCGCGGAGGGCGCCGUUGGUUGGUGUGCGGCCGAAAGGCGUGUCGCAGGGGCGCCGUUGGUUGGCCGGCGGCGGGCGGGAGCGGGGGCGGGCCAUGGCGCUGCUGCUGUGCCUGGGCAUGACGGCGGCGCUGGCCCGCGGCUGCCUGCACUGCCAGAACAACUUCUCGGAUAAGUUCUCCUUCUACCGCCACCACGUGAACCUCAAGUCUUGGUGGGUGGGCGACAUCCCCGUGUCAGGGGCGCUGCUCACCGACUGGAGCCAGGACACGAUGAGGGAGCUGCACCUGGCCAUCCCCGCGGAGAUCACCCGGGAGAAGCUGGAGCAAGUGGCGAGAAUCGUGUACCAGAAGAUGGAUCAACUGUACCAAGGGAAAAUGUAUUUCCCUGGGUAUUUCCCCAAUGAGCUGCGAGCCAUCUUCCGGGAGCAGGUGCACCUCAUCCAGAAUGCUAUCAUCGAAAGCCGCAUCGACUGUCAGCGUCACUGCGGCAUUUUCCAGUAUGAGACCAUCUCCUGCAACAACUGCACAGACUCACACGUCGUCUGCUUCGGCUACAACUGCGAGUCCUUGGAGCAGUGGGAGGCAGCUGUGCAGGGCCUUCUCAGUUACAUAAGUGACUGGCACAAACAGGACACGAGCAUGAGAACCACCCCAGCCUUCCUGGUAUCCCCAAGCUUCACGUGCCUGGAGGCCCAACACCUGGCCAACCUGACCUUGGAGGGUGCCUCUGAGUGCCUGACUCAGCACUGACAGCCGGCGCAACGGGAGGCCAGGACUCCCCUGGACUGUCCCAGCCUGUCCCCUGGAGCAGGCUGAGCUAACUGCUGCGCCUGGUCCCCCUCUCACCCCCAACAGAGCCCAGCCGCCUGAGCCGGGAGGGAGGGGAAAGGAGUGGGUUUGUACGUAGCAUCGGCACUUGGCAGGACCACAGAGCUAUUCGAUGGGAUGAUUAAAAUACCUGAUG